AUGGGAGUCGUGUCGUUUGAGGACGUGGCCGUCUACUUCUGCCGGGAGGAAUGGGAAGAGCUCGCGGGAUGGCAGAGGGACCUUUACCGGGCGGUGAUGAUGGAGAACUACGGGGCGAUUGUGUCCUUGGCAGGCCGCUCCUCUGCCAAGCCGGAGAUCAUCAGCAAGCUCGAGCGGGAGGAGGCGGCGUACGUCGGCGAGCUCUGGAGGCCCGGCAGCUGGACGGAGCCCCCGAGGCCGUGGCCGGAUGAUGGCAUCAGGAUGGCGGAGGAGGAGGAGGAGGAGGGUGAGGCGGUCCCGGCCCGGCAGCCCCCCACCCGGCGCAGGGGGAGGAAGAAGAAGGUCGCCGCCCCAGGGCGGGAGGGGCCGGUGACGCGGGCGGCCAGCAGGCCCCCCAGGGCGCCCAGCCUCCCGCGGGUGACGCUGAAGAUGAACCCGCCCGAGUGCCCCGAGUGCGGCAAGCGCUUCCUGAGCAACGUGGCCAUGACCAUCCACAUCCGCACCCACACGGGCGAGCGCCCCUUCCGCUGCCACCUCUGCCCCAAGGGCUUCCCCUCCAUGGGCGACCUGAAGCGGCACCUCAAGACCCACCUGCGCCCCCGGGAGCCGGCCUCGGCCGCUGCCUCCCGGGACGCGGCCGCCAAGGGCAAGAAGAGCCUGGCCGCCCGGCUGCAGCUGCUGCGGCACCUGCAGCGCCCGCCCGGCCCCAAGAAGCCCCACACCUGCGCCCAGUGCGGCAAGAGCUACGGCACCCGGCAGGGCCUGCGCAAGCACCUGGGCACCCACUCCACCGAGCGGCCCUUCGCCUGCGCCCAGUGCGGCCGCCGCUUCCGGCUGAAGCAGAUCCUGGUGGCGCACCUGAGCUGCCACCUGACGGAGCGGCCCUUCGCCUGCGGCCAGUGCGGGAAGCGCUUCGCCCAGGAGCGCGGCGUGCGCAACCACCAGCGGGUGCACACGGGCGAGAAGCCCUUCGCCUGCCUGGCCUGCGGGAAGCGCUUCGCCUACAAGCAGCACCUGGUGAAGCACCUGCGCCUGCACACGGGCGAGCGCCCCUUCUGCUGCGCCGAGUGCGGCAAGGCCUUCCGCGACAAGAUGACGCUCAUCAUCCACACGCGCCUGCACACGGGCGAGCGCCCCUACCGCUGCCCCUUCUGCAGCAAGACCUGCCGCCAGAAGCAGCACCUGAACAGCCACCUGAAGGUGCACCGCGGGGAGCAGCUGCCCCCCGACGGCGGCGGCGGCCUCUCCCUGCAGCGGGCGCGGGCCAAGGAGAAGCCCUACGCCUGCAGCCAGUGCGAGAAGCGCUUCCGGGACAGGAAGAUCAUGCUCGCCCACCGGGGGACGCACGCCGAGGAGCCCCCGGCCAAGGGCGCCCCUCCCCAGGCCGAGGCGAAGGCCGCCGGCCGGGGCGAGGGAAGCGGCUCGAGCCGGAAAGCAGGGCUGCCGGCCGGCCGGGCAGCCCCUCUGCCCCGGAAGGCCUCCUUCGCGUGCGCCGUGUGUGGAAGGAAGUUCACGCAGGGGAAGUACCUCACCUUGCACCAGAAGCGCCACCGGGACGCGGCAUCGGCCUCUGCAGGGCCCAGCCGGAACCAAGGAAGAGCAAAGUCGGCCCGCUUCUGGUGUCCCCUUUUGCAUGGCUCGCCGGUGGCGCUGGAGGACAUCACGGUGCGCUUCUCCGCGGAGGAGUGGGCCGGGCUGGCGGAGUGGCAGCGGCGGCUGCACCGGGACGUCUCGCGGCAGAACGCCGAGCUGCUCGCCUCGCUGGGCUGCGAUCUCCGGGUGAAGGAGGAAGAGGAGGAGCCGGCCCGCCAGGGCGAGGGCGAGGGCGAGGACGGCACCCGAGCGGCCUUCCUCGAGGCGCUCCUCUGGGGCCUGGAGGCAGGUGGGCCAGAUGUGCAGCGGCAGUCCCCGAGGCCGGGCGGGGGGCUGGCGGGGUGGGCCGCGGGCGAGGAGGGGCCCGUGGCGGAGGUGUGCCCCCUCACCUGCCCGGCCUGCGGGAAGCGCUUCAAGAGCCGGGCGGCCCGCCUGACGCACCAGCGCAUCCACACGGGCGAGCGGCCCUUCGCCUGCGCCGAGUGCGGCCGCCGCUUCACGCAGAGGCAGCACCUGGGCACGCACCUGCGGGUGCACGGCGGGGAGCGGCCCUUCACCUGCGCCGAGUGCGGCAGCACCUUCCGCCUGCAGAAGCUGCUGCUGACGCACCGGCGCAAGGCGCACUCCGGGGAGCCGCCGCUGGCCUGCGCCGACUGCGGGAAGCUCUUCAACCACAAGCACCACCUGAUGACGCACCGUCGGGUGCACACGGGCGAGCGGCCCUUCCCCUGCCCGGACUGCGACAAGCGCUUCACCCAGAAGCACCACCUGAUGACGCACCGGCGCGGCCACUCGGGCGACCGCCCCUUCCCCUGCCCGCAGUGCGGCAAGGCCUUCAAGGACCGGGCCGGGCUGCUGAUGCACCAGGUGGUGCACACGGGCGCCAGGCCCUUCGCCUGCCAGCGCUGCAGCAAGAUCUUCAGCCACAAGCACCACCUGGUCAUCCACCAGCGCGUCCACACGGGCGAGAAGCCCUUCGCCUGCGAGGUGUGCCGCAAGCGCUUCACCCAGAAGCACCACCUGCUCAGCCACGCGCGCAUCCACACGGGCGAGCGCCCCUACUGCUGCGAGGCCUGUCCCCGCAGCUUCAAGGACCGCAUCACGCUGAAGCUGCACGUGCGCCUGCACACAGGCGAGAAGCCCUUCGGCUGCGCCCGCUGUGGGGCCCGCUUCCGCCUGCGCAAGGCGCUGCUCGCCCAUCACCGGACACACGACGCCCCUGCCGCGCUCAUCUGCACCGAGUGCGGGGACAGCUUCCCGCGCAUGCGCAGCCUGGCGGCCCACAGGCGGCGGGCACACCCCUCUGCGCCCAAGGGCCCGGGGGCCCGGCCUGGGACAGCCGGGGCGAGGCGAGCACCGCGGGCCGGCGAGGAGAGGGCCCCGCCUGGGCAGGGAGCAGAGCGGGAGGCGGGCCCGGCGUGUGGCGGAGCGUCCCGGCCGGGCCGAGGUUGCCCGCAACUUGCCCCGGACUUCUCCCCCCUGGAGGCGGAUGCGCCCCGGCCGUGA